CUGCAGAACAUCUUGAAGGUGCUGCUGCCCUACACCUGUUCCCAGCUGCCAGAGGUGCAGAAGAGAGCCAUGGCACAGAUCGCUAGGCUGCUCAACUUCAUCAACAACUCCUCAGGGCUGGAGAUCUGCCCCUGUUUUGCUCAGAGGAAGAUCCUCAGACACGAGUGCCCCAAGAUCCAGAAGUUUGGUCUGCUGGGGAAGCUGGUGGGGCAGCUCACCCUCUCCUGCACCUGCAAGGACAAGGAGACCUCCUGCGAGGCUGCAGAAGCUCUCUAUGAACUGCACAUCUUCGUCCUGCAGCAGACAAGCAAGGUGGAGUGGAUGGAUUACAGUGGGCAGCUGCAGCCUCUGGUGGGCUCACAGAAGCAGUCUUGGAUGUUCUUCAGGGAGUAUCGUGCCAGGAGACUCUUCUCGACAGUGGAGUGCUCUGACUGUGAGGAGGAGCUGCAACGUGCCCUGAAAAUCCUGGCCAUGUCUCUGCAGAGCCAGUGCCUGGGGAUGCCCAGCCUGGUGCUCAGAGCCAUCCUCAGGCUCACCCAGAGGCCCGACACAGCAAGGAAAACCCUCGUCCUGCUGCCACUCGUCCUGGAGCGGCUGCGGGAUGACGAUGGCGCCAGCAGCGCCGCAGCCCUGCCCGUGCUCGCCGCCAUGCUGCGGCUGCUUGAGGGGAGGAGGCUCAACCUCGCCGCCCUGGAGCUGGCUGACAAGCUCUGGCCCCUCUUUGGCAACGAGUCGGACACUGUGCGGGAGCUCUCCAUCCGUCUCUUCCGAGAUGCGAUGAGGCUCGUGGCGCGCCAAGGGAAGGAAAAGAUGAAGAAGGUGGUGUGCAACAGCCUGCUGCCACUGCUCUUCCACCUGCACGACGAGAGCAAGAGUGUGGCCCAGGUGGGAUUCCCAACCCAGCUGCUCCUUUAG